UAAGGAACCUGUCUGCACUGUCCCAAAGGUAAACAAAAUGUGCUAUCCUUGAGUAAAGUCCGAUGGGGAUCACACAGAGGCAGCAAAGAGGGGACUGCCUGGCUGGGAAGAGCUUGGCAGCAACCUGACACAACCAGACCCAGAUUUAGAGCACUCUCCUCAGGCAGGAGGUUGUGAUAUCAUGGAUCUUUUCCACAGUUGGGGGGUAGAGCUGGUGGUCCAUCUGCAGACCACACACAGCAGGCAUGAGGGCUUGUUCAGCCUGGCGUCGACAGUGGCCGACCUGCACACUACGUUCUUCUGCUUCUUCCCGAUCUGGUUCCACCUGCGGAGGGACACGGGGCUCAGACUCAUCUGGGUGGCCGUCCUCGGAGACUGGCUCAACUUGGUCCUGAAAUGGGUUCUGUUUGGGGAGAGACCGUACUGGUGGGUCCAUGAGACCCGGUUUUAUGGAUCAAGACCGGCCCCUUCUCUGCAGCAAUUUCCCAUAACAUGUGAGACUGGACCAGGAAGCCCUUCAGGUCAUGCUAUGGGUGCAGCUGGGGUCUGGUAUGUGAUGGUAACAGCGCUACUAGCUAUUGCUAAAGAGAAGCGAUGCCCCCCCUUACUGUACAAAUUGUUUCAGGCAGGCCUGUGGACACUACUGGUGCUGAUAGUGCUGGUGGUCUGCAUGUCCAGGGUCUUCAUGGCUGCACACUUCCCACACCAGGUUGUAGCUGGAGUCCUUACAGGUUUACUUGUCGCUGAAGUUGUCUCGAAGGAGAAAUGGGUCUACAGCGCCAGCAUGAAGAAAUACUUCUACGUGACUCUCUUUUUGACAUUGUUUGGUGUUGGCUUCUACCUGCUGCUUAAAGCUGUGGGUGUGGACCUUCUGUGGACCUUGGAAAAGGCCCAGAAGUGGUGCGUGAGGGCAGAGUGGGUCCACAUGGACUCUACGCCCUUCGCCAGCCUCCUGCGUAAUAUGGGCGCGCUUUUCGGCCUGGGCCUCGGCCUGCACUCGCCCCUCUACAACAAAACCAAGAAAUAUUCAAGCACCGGUUUUAACAUUGGAUGCAUUAUUGUCUCCCUAAUUCUGCUCCAGCUGUUGGAUGGAUGGACAUUUGCCUCUGAUUAUGAUAUAAUUUACUAUUUCCUGUCUUUUGUUAAAAGCGCAGUUGCACUUUUAAUCCCGACCACUUUGGUUCCCUGGGCUAUGCUCUGGAUUUGCAAUGGAAAGAAAGAAGACAAGACGUUGUGAUUCAGGAGAAACCUUCUGUUUAAAGUCAAUUAUUAGUGUAAUUUUUUACAUUUACCUUGUGUUUAGUACGCAAAGAAAUGUAGACUUUUAGGACAAUGUCCCUGAAUGAAAUGUGAUUGCAUGGAUAUCAGUUCCUUUAAGGAAUAUGUACUGUAGUUUGACAUUUCAGGAACUGCGCCUAAUCUCUAACUUGUCGAGAGUUAGACGAUGAGAUUAUUACCACUCUUAUGUAGGCCUAGUAGCACUGAAGCUACAGCCAGCAGCCUAUUAGCUUAGCUUAACUGGUAUGCAGCUAGCAUGACUUUGUCCAUUUUAUAUUAAGGGCUGCAACUAGCGAUUACUUUCUUUGUUGAUAAUUUGCAGAUUAUGUUCUUUAUGUCAUUUGGUCUAUAAUAUGUCUGUACAAUGGGAAAAAUGUACAUCCGAAUUCCUCCAAAGGUCCAUGACGAUCAAUAUAAAAUGUGCUUUUGUCAUUUUAGGCUAUUUUUUGAUGAUAAAACCUUAAGGUACCUUUAACUCUGGGUUUAAGUAAAGAUUAAGCAAAGAAGAUACAAUAUGUAUAAGUGAGCUUCAAAGGUGCUGUACCUAUGGCUGAUUUUUUCACUCGUGAACAAAGCCAAGAUAGUUUUCCCCCAUGUUUCGAGUCUUUAUGCUAAGCAAAGCUAACAGGUUCCAUACCUUAGAUACAGACAUUAAAGUGUAAUCAAAUUAUGGUUUAUUUUUGUCUGCAUCCGACCUUCAAGGUCUGUUUGUUUUGGUAACUGUCUUUUCUCCCCGAAAAAGGGGUCUACACACAUUGCAGGCUCUUUUACUGGACAGUAUAGAGAUGUUUAUACAAACAUAGGUAGGAAGUGCUUAAUCAGCAAAAUGAUGCAAUGAAAACUAUUUUAUUACCAUUUGUUCCCUAAAAAACUUGUGCUUAUUUUACUAUUGCUCCCCAAUUGGAUUUCUCUGAAUGUCUCAGUCAUUCAGAGAACUGAUUAAUUCUCUUUCAGGAACAACCAUUAAAUAUUAACCAGAGCAUGCUCCCUUCACUCGGCAGCCCCACAUAGUGACACAGCCUUCACCGCAGCCAUGCGCUGUCGGGAGGGACAUGGUGGGUCAAGGGGCAGAAUGCGUUACAGACAACACGUGUGUUGUUUCAGGCUCUAAAAGAAGUGUUCGGCCUACAUAACGCACAUGAGAUCAGGAUGGCAGAGAAAGACAAACCUCUGGAAGUCUGCUAAUUAUAUUGUAAACUGAGAGCAACGAGAUGUCAAUUUAAAAUAUUUAAAGUAAUGAUAAAACAAGGAUGUAAAUGAUCUCCUAUCAUGUACACUUAUUAAAGUACUAAAAUGAUGUUUUAGUUGUCAUUUUCAACAAUGCAAUAUUUAAUCUGCUAUGCAAAUGCCGAUGUGAUUUAUUUCAGCUGUACACAACACCAUAGACAGGGUCAACUUGAGCAAUCUCUCUGUGACAUAAUCAUUGUGGAUGGUGACAUUUCCCAACUGCAAACCCCAAGUGUAUUUUUUCUUAUCUCUGCAGUCCCUCAAGUGUUUCCGCUGCUAAUCACAUGAAGCCAUAGCUAUAUCGUGAUACUCUAAAGAGCAGGCUGCAUUGUGGGAGGUUAAAGGAGACAGGGGUAAGAGACACUGCAAGUGCGUCAGCAAAAUUGAGCAACACUACACUGUUUACAUCACCUUAUAUUUAAAAAAGACUGAAAAACAUAUGUCUUUCUCAGUGAUGUCAGAUCUAAUCAGAAAACAAUAACAUUAACUUCAGUCCGACAAAGUUCGUAGAUUAUUCGUCAGGUUCGUCAAUUAUUUAUUUAAUGAUUUUUGAUUUUAAGUCCUCAUAAAAAAAUGACAUGUAAUUUUAGACUGAAUAUAUUGUGAAAUUUGGAAAAUGGAUCAAAAUACAUAGGCAAUAUUUACAGAUGUGUUUUCCAUAAUGAAGGUGGUUUCAACUAAAUACAAAUAAAAAUGAUAUGCAGAAUUUGCUGUAUUGUUAA